AUGUCUUCAUUAGCUUCCUCUUCCCAAAAGAGGCAAAAUCAACCAGACACCUCAUCGCAAACCGGAACGGGUAAUGGCGAUGACAAAUCUAACCGUCCAUCAUCUACCCAAGCAAAAUCGAUGAAUUCAGGAUCCAACCGCACAGGAUCGAUCCGCAGAGAACCAAAUCCAAGUGCAAGUCUGGAAUCCCAAACCCGGAAUCUCAAAAUUGGAUCUAGUAAUCCAACACUACCACCCAAAUCCGAAAUCGCUUUAUCCGAGGCACACGAGCAGACGCCCUCUAAUAACAGCAGACGUGAGAAUGAACUCAAGACAAAGGCCCUGGCGAAGCUUGUUAAUAAUAGUGAUAGAGAACGAGAGGGAAAACCCAUGGAAGAAAAUAGUAGAAGACGGAGAUCUUCUAGAGAUCCUAGAGAUGUUCAUGAACUUCACCAUCAUCAUUAUUUUCAUGACUCACAUUCGAAUUCUGGUGGAAAAGAUCGAUCCGGAUCUCCGCGAAAUGCUGGUCGGAGAAAAACAAAAAUAACUACCACGGAAGCUAAGGUUGGAUUUUUUCCACCGAGGGCAACAGUGACGACAACAGUAGAAGAAGAUAGGCGGCACAGGAGACAUCGUUCAAGACCCUCGAAGCCAAGGGAGAGAGACACCAAUGAAAAGGAAGGAUCUAAAACUCGUCAUGGGCAUGAUGUCUCUCAUGCUGAACCUUUGGAGUCGGAUACUUCGACCCUUAAAGCGAAGAGGAGCUCGGAGAGUUCCAAUCAUGAUAGCUAUGGCGGUGAUGUUAAACCAUCGAGACACUCGAAAACGUCUCACCCAACAGAUAAUAAUUCUGCACCAAAGGUGACGUCGUCCCAGUCCCAAUCCCAAUCUAAACCCCUAUCUUCUGCCAGCUCAGAUCGUCCCCAAAGCCACAAUAGUGGAAACCACACAGACAACGCUUCAACGCCCUCGAGCUCAAUAAACCCGAGUGUCCGAACUCCUAGUAUUACCAGUAAUAGCAAUAGUAAUAAGACCUUAUUAUCAAAAACAAGUUCCCGACAUUCCACCGCAAAACCAACAGGCGACAAAUAUGGGAACCCGGCAAAUGUCGCGGGAGCUUCUUCUUCUUCUUCUUCUUCUUCUUCCUUACAAGAUGAUUCUUCCGAUAUUGGUUCUUUGGAUAGUGGAAGGGCUUCAGGUGAUGUACCGGCUUCUGAUGGUCCUGGUUUGACUGAGAGAAAUUUGAAUGCAUAUGCUCCUAAUAGGGGUCCUUCGUCACGUCAUGCCCCAUCAACUCAUGCCCCAUCAACUCAAGAUUCUUCAAGUCGACCUCCAUCAACCCGUGCUCCAUCCACAGCUUCAACCCGCCCUCCAUCCACAACCUCACAAACAACCUCCCACCGAAGCAACAACAAGAACAACAACAAAGAUCCCGAACCUCCCUACGCCUUCGAAGACCCAACCAGUAAAUUCUACAAAGGGCCCCAAACCCAGACACCCAGUUCAACCAGUUCUAUCCGUUCAAGUUCAACCACUCAAUCACAAUCUCAAUCUCAAUCUCAAUCUCGAUCCGAAUCCGACGUCUCCCGUGGUCGCAAAAGACACACACGUUGUGAUGAGGAGAAGUGA